AAUCGUUGCGUUUAUGGUAACGAUGGUAGAGAAAUAUGGAACAUGUAACAGAUGAUAUGUGAUUGUUAUGCAUUUGUUAUAUAUUGUGUGUGUGCUGUCGACAUCCGCUUUAAUGUUCGCGGGGGGUGGAGCUGGUUUCCAGAAGCAGUCCAAGCCUCCUUGGGAGAACCAGCAAGCUAACUCUAAUGUGGAAUCUACUCUUAAUUGGUCGCUACCAAAGUUGUGCAACCAGGAGGAGGAGGCGGGCCGCCCGCCCCAGGGAGGAGUGAUAACAUUCGAACCGAUCCAGCACGACCACGACUUCUGCGAGAGAGUGGUGAUAAACGUCAGCGGGCUGAAGUUCGAGACCCAGCUAAGGACCCUGAACCAGUUCCCAGAGACACUCCUGGGGGAUCCGUCCCGCAGGAUAAGAUACUUUGAUCCACUGAGGAACGAAUACUUCUUCGACCGAAAUCGCCCCUCGUUCGACGCGAUCCUGUAUUAUUACCAGAGCGGGGGACGGUUACGUCGACCAGUAAACGUUCCUCUCGACGUGUUCUCGGAAGAGAUUAAAUUCUACGAACUUGGGGAACAGGCCACAAACAAAUUCCGGGAGGACGAGGGUUUCAUUAAGGAGGAGGAGAAGCCUCUGCCAUCCAACGAACGCCAGCGCAAAAUCUGGCUGCUUUUCGAGUACCCUGAGAGCUCCCAGGCCGCCCGCGUCGUCGCCAUCAUCUCGGUCUUCGUCAUCCUGCUCUCGAUUGUCAUCUUCUGCCUGGAAACCCUCCCAGAAUUCAAGCACUACAAGGUCUUCAACACCACAACCAACGGCACUAAAAUCGAAGAAGACGAGGUCCCCGACAUUACUGACCCCUUCUUCCUGAUUGAAACGCUGUGUAUCAUUUGGUUUACAUUCGAGUUGAUAGUGCGGUUUUUGGCUUGUCCGAACAAGUUCAAUUUCUUUAGGGACGUGAUGAAUAUUAUAGAUAUAAUAGCUAUUAUCCCUUACUUCAUCACCCUGGCAACUGUAGUGGCAGAAGAAGAAGAUACAUUGAAUCUGCCUCGAGCGCCGGUAUCUCCUCAAGACAAGUCCACCAACCAAGCCAUGAGUCUCGCUAUCUUGCGGGUGAUUCGUCUCGUACGUGUCUUCCGUAUCUUCAAACUGUCGCGCCACUCCAAGGGUCUACAGAUCCUUGGCAGGACACUUAAGGCAUCAAUGCGCGAGCUCGGGCUUUUGAUAUUUUUCCUGUUCAUCGGUGUGGUGCUGUUUUCAUCUGCGGUGUACUUCGCUGAGGCAGGAAGUGAGAACAGCUUCUUCAAAUCCAUACCUGAUGCGUUUUGGUGGGCGGUCGUGACAAUGACGACCGUAGGAUACGGAGACAUGACGCCAGUCGGAGUGUGGGGGAAGAUCGUGGGGUCCCUGUGUGCUAUCGCCGGCGUGCUCACCAUCGCGCUGCCGGUGCCGGUCAUCGUCUCCAACUUCAACUACUUCUACCAUCGCGAGACCGACCAGGAGGAGAUGCAGUCGCAGAACUUCAACCAUGUCACCAGCUGCCCUUACCUACCUGGUACUAUGGGCGAGCCCUACUUGAUUUCAGGGCCGAUUCAUAAGAAGUCUUCAAUGAGCGACGACUCCUCUUCGGAAAUGAUGGAGUUGGAUGAGAAUGCAUUGGUUACUGAUCCCAACCUGGACGGGAAUCUACGGCGUCUCCAGGAGGAGGAGAAGCUUCUGUUGGAACAGCAGGCGGCCAUGGAGGCCGGCACGGUGGAUGAUAUCGCGGCUUUAGAACAUCAGGAUGCUCUCCGGCUUAACCAUCUGAAGCAACAGGAGAUCCAGAAACAGCAACACCAGCAAGCUCAGCGCCUUCUCCGCCAGCAGGAGUCGGCCCAGGGGGCCCGCCGUGAUGCCCCAGCUCCCCGCCGCCGGGCAGCCUGCACCGUGAGGGUCAACAACCUUCACGCCGCAGAAGCUAUCGAGACAGACGUCUGACCAUUAGGCACUAUCGAGCUUCAUUAUUAUCAAAGCUCGUAAAUGUAUAAGGCGAGGGACAGGACGAGCGCGCACGCGGUGUGGCGUGGAAGGCUGCCGGCGCGCUCGCCGCCGCCCUGCCACGUGUGACCCGCGCGUGCGUCGCCACCCUAAGCCUCCACCCACUCCUCGACCUCUCCACGCCACUCACGUCACGCCCCGGCCUAGUGAUUACCUUGUGAACUUUAAUAUAGCGAUUGAUUGGAAAUACAAACGCUGAUUAGAACAAAAAUUAAACUAUAAAAACUUCUUUUAAAAUAAGCUUAUAAUGUUAACGCGAACAUGUAUUGUAAAUAAGGAACUGCUUCUAUCAGCUUCACUUCACUUUCUACAUUUCAAACACAAAUAUUAUAAGGAACAUUCAAAAAAUAAUAUUACAAAAUAGGCCUACAGGAGUAGGUACUCGUCCCGUUCGCGAGGAACACUUUCGAUCGAGUAUCGCUUAUGCUUAACCAUUAGUUUGUAAAUAGUCAGUGCGUCGCCAAGGCGACGAGCGGAGCGCCGGCCGAGGCCGCGCCCGCCCCCCGGACAUACAUUCCGAUACGAGUCACGGUGGCACGCCGGCCGCGUCGCCACCGACAAAGGCCUAACAGACUGGGCCCCGAAAACUCCAAAUCGAAGCAUAUUGCCAAGACGUGAAGGACCACAGACCGGAGGAGCGCUCCGCGCCGCAGACGCGUGAGCAGUAGGUUUAACGUUUCGCGCGUAGCUUUUUACUAGCUCUUCUGACAGGGAGGAUAUCUCGCAAUUCCGCUGGAUGCACUUUAGGGUUCGUUUAUGAUGUUCGAAGAGCAGUUUACAACGCUUUACAAGAGUCGAGUUACCGACCAUGGAAGGAAGCAGGAAUGUAUUUUAGUUAUAAGUUAUUUAUGUUAAAUGUUGUGAACAAAACCGAUAAUAUAAUGGAAUUCAUGUAUCAAUUAUAUGUGCGGGGCGCGAUGCGCCUCUUUCCCCACGUGUUUGUUGAGCAACAGCCUCGGAUUCCCGCAUCGACACAACAUUACAUUUUAUUCAAUGUUGUAGUUGUUAGUGUAUGUACUCUUAUGAGCGUAUUCAGAGAAUAGACAUCGUGUCGUUAGUGCGUGUGCGCGCGUCCGGCAGUCGGGAGCAGACCGGGAGUCCAUGUGUCGGCUUUACUUCGCUAAUACUGGGGCAAUAACUGGAUUCAUAAUAGAUAUAUAAUCAAUCUAGGUCAGCAACAACAGGAAAAUAUCUGAAACUGGGAAAGUAAUUGCACAUAAUAGGAGAUGGCCAUCAUAGAGUUUUGUACUCGCCUUUAGGCAGGUCUUUCUCCUAGAAUACAAAAGCUUUACCCAUGACGGAUUGAUAGCUGAUAUUUCAGAAACUAGGUACAUAAUAUUGUAAAAAUAAUCGUGAAGUAAUUUAUCAACACAGUCAUCCUAAACUCAUAGUGAAGCACGACACAUUUUUCAAGCCCCAAUCGGUUGCCGAACAGCGCACAACUAAUAUUAAAUGUUUUAUUGGUGUUCAUUAUAAUAUGAUACAGAGAGGAAGGUUGUGAUGUGCUACAUAAUGUAACGGGGAAUUUUGAAGGUUGCAGGAUUUUACAAUUACUCGUAUAUUAGCUUAUAAUGUUACAGUUUAAACAUAUCCAGUAAGAAAUGAAUUUACUACGAGUAUAUGUUCGUAAUAAGUUUCAGGCAGCACGGAUGGCGGACUGACGUAGACCAGCAAGUGUCAGAACGAAUUAUUUGAACUCGCAAACAUAAAGAUGGAAUAGUACAAUAUAUUUCUGUUCACAUAAAAAAAUGAAAAAAAAAAAUCUAAAAAAUUAAAUUUGAAUAGAAAUAUAUUUUGCAGGAUUGUGUUACUUUGCCAUAAUACAUAAUUACCCGUCCCACUUGUAAAUAGUGACCGCACCGCUGUUUGUAAAUAGAUGAUACAGCGCCGCUGCGGUACCGUGUCGUCGGAGGCCGCCCUGAGACGGGACGAGCCUCGACAUGUACAUAUGAUAUCACGGACGGACGGGAUGGGUCGUAAUGUCAACGCCCGCUAAUUGGUCCCGGUGUGAGGCUAGCGUUCCCCGAGAGGGACUCAGGUCAGUCCGCCGCUGUCAUCUGGGAGGUUGAUUAAAUGUUCGUGGUAGUUAUAGUGACAUCAAAUAAUUUUAUCAUAUCAUUAAAACACAUUUCAUAAAAUUUAAACGUCUAGAAAAGACAUAUUUACGCCCUAUAUAUAGAUUAGAAUAGGUAUAGCGAUGAUAAUUAGUGUUUAAAUGCGCCCCUUUACUGGGCAUAGAUAUCCUUUGUCGCUGUUCGCUCAAAUUCCAUUUAGAGCAGGGUACUCGCAGGUGACGAGCUAUGGUUUGUAGUGUUUUUGAAGGAUUGCGAAUUAUUCCAAAUAUUUCGCUUGCAGUUAAUUGCUCAGAUACAAGAGAACAGAGGAAUCGAACACACUACAGCGUUACCCCAGUCAAAAAAAAAUUAGACCAUUCCUUCUAAGACAGUCGUCUUACACUAUCUACAUAGAUUCGUGUUAUCAUGUAGUAGAUUGAAGCAUGUCGAUGUAAUUCCGUACACUACCGGCCAUUCGUCACCCCGCAGUCGGCGUCCGGCGAUCAGCUGCCGCGCAGUGUACCACACCACCAUGUUACGUGUGUUUGUUUAUCAGAGCUUAUAGGAGGGCUUAGGAGGAAGAGCGAAAUAAUGGCUUUCGGCUAUCUUCUCUUUUCGCUCUAACAAGAUUUUAGAGCGAUCCCUAUCUCGAGCAACUUAGAUUAUCAUUAUCAUUAUGCAUUAUACCUCCGCCAAAUUUUCAUAUUCGACCAAUCGUUAUUUUAACUAUGAAAUACUGUGAUUAAAGAUUUAGAACUGUCUUCAAUCUUCCUCUUAAGAUUAUGUGGUGCGGAGUGUCGGUUCAUAUUCGCAAGUUGAAAAAUCGAAUUUCUCAUCGAAGUGCUGUAGGAGUCGAUGUCAUUAUAGACAGCAAUAUAGAUUUACCCGAUUACCCAUUAUCCUUAAAGUGGUCAAUUCAUCAGGGUAGAUCCAGAUAGUUUGUUUUAUAUUGGAUUGCAGUUAAUCUGAAGUUACAUGAAAGAUGCAUCAUACAAUUUGUGAAUACGAAUAAGAUCUUCGCCGCUACUACUUAUUGCUGCCUAUAAGACCAUGACUCGGGCUGUGUCCUGAAGUGGAACCGCACCAACCGUUUGCCCGAUGAUGUAACGCUUGGUUCAGCUUGGUUUGGUCCGUCUUCAACAAGAUCUCGGUCCUAUUAAAGAAUAUGUCAAUUAUAUCAAAAUUAUCUCAAAACAUUGUCACAGCUGGCCUAAUUUGAGGGUGAACAACGGCGACAUUUUGUCUGGUUUGGACGUUUUCGGUUAGGAUCUUGUUGUGUAGGUUAAGUCAGAUAACAUCUGCCCUAGGAAGACAAUACGUGUGUUUACGUUAUGAUGAUCAUAUUUCGUAUCUCAUAGGGAUGUGAAGUGAUUUGGCGCAGAACCGACGCUUACAAAAUGUGCACUCAAAAUGAAACCUACGCCGCAAAAUUGGGAGCAUUUUUUGACAAAAUAUUUAUUACAAAUGCGAUUGCUUCGUCACUAUGUACUUCAUAAGAAGGCUCAAGGCCGCUAACAGUGCUUUGGGGCUAUUCGAUUAGAAACGAGUAAACAUAGCCCAGCGAAUACAGCCGCUGAAGUAGCAGUGGGCGGGGUACAUAGCACUUAGAACGGAUGGCCAAUGGGUUACUCGUACAAGUUCUAGAAUGGUGAACACGCACCGGCAAACGCAGUAUUGGAGAACCAUUCACUUGAUGAUGAUGUCCAAUGAAAAUUAAGAAGUUCGAAGAAGACUACAUUCAAAAUUCAGGUCAAAAUCUUUGAGGCAGACUUAUGUCCGGCAGUGUAUUUCUUGCAACUAAAACGAUGAUGAUAUUUACUCUGUAUAUGGUGCCAAAAAAAAGACAUAAUGUGGAUCUAAAACGCUACUUCUGUGGUGUUUUACACAGAUAUCCUCAACUGACAAAAAAGCACAUGUCCUUUUUGAGUGCACAUUCUAUUCAGUCAGUUCUGCACCAACACCGGUCAAGCUGCGUUUGCGCAGAAACGGAGCUGUGUGAGAUCAACAAAUCACAGCUAUUCAUUCCACGCACAGAUAACUUCUGUCGAUUUGAUCGAAAAGAACGUCGUUAGUCGAUAUUUACACGACUCAGCGCAUCUCCGUUUCUGAUAAACGCACCUUUACGAUAAGGAAUUAUGUUCUUCCGCAUCAGAUGGCUGCACCAAAGGGACAUUAAAACAUACGUAACAAGGAAAUCGAGGCUGUUGUCACAAAUUUUUAGAUGUGUCGAUGUUACAGUGUAAUCAUUAUCUGUUUAAAUGUAGUGGAAAAAAAAACAAUGUUACAAUUUUUCGGUUGUAUCAAUAAAGUGUUCGUUAAUUCGAUUAAUUAUUAUAAACGUACCGUAGUCUCGCCCAUGACAUUAUAUUGUUUUUAUGACUGAUGUCAAUAAAAAUAAAUAAAAAUUUACCUUAACUUCAUUUUAGGUCAAAUCACUUUUGAAAAAAUACAUAACAGAACUAACCUUACAUCGAAUAUAACCUUUACCACAUUGUGCAGGUUUCCUUACGAUUUUUCCCUCACCGUAAAAUCAUAGCAAUCAAAUGAAAGUAAAUAAGUACGAAAAAAUUGCAAAAAUAUAUUAUAAGAGAAAAAUUGUUUUGUCCAAAAAUCCACACAUCCAAGUAUAUUGAAAAGUAUUCGUGUUAAUUUUGUAAAGUAUAAAUUGGGCGGUUCCGCGGUAUGUUUGUAUACUUCAUUACCUAACGACCGCUACCUACAUUAUCUUAACAGUUUACCGCCAAUGUUUAGUCUUGACCUCGUUCCCCGACGGCACCCUCCCAUUGGAUGAAUUGCACAAAGCUAGGUCGACACGAUGACGUCGCUUCCACCGCUGAACGGCCACCCGUCAAAUUCUAAUCUUAUUAUAUCACAAUCGAUGUGUUCAUUUUUUUCAUUGGACAAUAGACUAAUCGAACAAGCCACUCUCUCUACUCGUGUCCACCUAGCUGUAGGGCGUGACUACAUUUAAUGAUAGUUAGAUUGUCUAUGCCCCGUUGACGGUUAAAUUUGGUAUUCAAUCCAUAGACAUGAGAUACAUUUAUAGAUAAAUAAGAAUUACUCAUGUUGGCCAAAAUUGUAGUUACGCCGUGUUCAUUAAGGCGUAUUAUAAUUUUCGCUCAGUAUUAUUAGUUGUUACAUCAUAUGUUGUAAAAAUCGUGAAAGACGUAUGCGGGUGCAGUCGUGUCACAUUCUUUUCAACUGUACUCUAAAAUUAGAUCCUCUCACGGUUUUCAAAUGCUAUGUUGUGUUACCGAACUAAAGUUUAACGAUGGGAGUUAAUAUCGUAGAUAGAUAACCCACAUAGAUUUCGCUGAGGAAAUCACGUUUUCUAUUAACUUGAGUAAUAUCAAUUUCGUAGUUAGGAUGGAGUUGGCAAAUUUUAAAUUUAUUAAGAAGUCUGAAAAUGUCCGUUAUGUAUAACAGACUGUAUUUGAUAUGGUCUUUAGGAACAACUGUAAUCAGUAAUUUUAUCUGUAAAUCGAUUUGUUUUAAGAUUUAUAGUUAGGUGAUAUCUGCAAACUUUUAGCAUUGUGUGGUAUAUCUAAAUUUUUUUUAGAUAAAGCUUGUUUCUAGGAAUGGACGUGUUCUCAUUGAUGGUGUGAAUUCUGAAAUCUAAAUGGGACUCUCCGAUCUGAGCGUCGCCGGUCGCCGCGACCCCGCGCUUCUUUCAGUCUUGUCUCACCGAACUACACUUUAUUAACAUUUGUCACAUUCUCUAGCCCAAGAACUUUACAAGAAGAAGAUUAUAGUGAAGGCAUUUAAAAAAAAAACUUCUGAACACGACAAUAAUCGACUUCUACAUUUCUCCUACAUCGAUAUCUUGACAUCGGAGAGUUACAAAGGUGUGUGUGUGAUAAUCGCGGUCCCACCACUUAAUAAAAUCUUAACAUAACAUCCUUUAAUUAAUCACAGGCUGAAAACAAUGUAACAAGUGUUAUGAUGUGAUAGUUUAAUCCUAGUACUUGUAUAUGAUUUUCCUUAUGACUUGCCCCUCUCCGUCCAGGUUGAAGCGUGUUCAUAUAUUGAAUAUAAAUCAUAACUCAAUUGAAUUAAUAUCGUAUUAUAUUAGUGUCGAUUAAAAUAUCUUUAAAUUGGAUAAACAUUUUAUAUGAUUCCGAAUUGACGGCGGCGUACCAUAUUAUUAUAUAUUUUUACAAUAUAUACAAAAAUAUAUUAUUUUUCAAAAUUCCAAACAAAACAUUUACAUUGAGCGAACGUGCUUUCUUAUGUUCGGUCUUGAAAAACAACAUCACUAUACAAUAUUCAAGUUACGCUAAAAAUUGCUAUGAGCUUAUCAAUUAUUUGAACUUAAUAAUAUUAACACUACUCGUAUUUUAAUUCCAUCACCUAAUGUAAGGAGUGAAAUCUUUAGGUACAUAAUUACAUAAUCCUCUUACAAAUACAUAACAUUAAGGAUUUAUAAUAUUAAGAGCUUUUUGACUAGUAUACUUACAAAAAGAUGAGAUCUUAUGAAAUAAUCAGAACUUUUCGCGAUAAUUUAUUAUAUUUAAUGUCCAUCCAGUAUUAUUAGAUAAAUAGGUUAAUGGUAAAAGCCAUUUUCUAGCUCCUGUAGCGUGUUAAUGUAAAAUAGGUUCACUAAUUGGCCAACAGAUAACUCUUAAGUACAAAUUUCGCUACUUUUUUGUCUCUCUCUUUCGGUCCCAAGGCUCGUGAAUUAUUGUACAAUGGGGAAAGAUUAAAUGAAAUAUAAAAUUUCUGGUAUAAUGGUCAGACAAUCGGAUGGCAUGAGUGAAAUAUAAUUAACAACUGUGCUACAAAACUGCCAUAGCCAAUAUGUACCGAAAGCUUCGCUUGCCUGAAUGCCUGACAAGAUUUUGUAAAGUAGAAUAUAUUAUCGUGAAUAACUUUUAAAGAUAACAUGCCACUCAGGAACAAAAAUGAUUUUAAUGUUGAGAAUUUCAACAUGUUUCUUAACUUAUUUUUGUUGUGUAUAAAAAAAAUAAUAAUCAAUCGUUUGGAUUGGAGAACGUUUGUCUAGUCUACGGGACCAGAGUCAUUAUUGUGUGAAAAGGAAUUUUGUAAGAAAAAAUGCGGGAAAUUGUUAUCAAAAUGUUCGAAAGUGGUGUUCGUAGACUCAGAAAACAUGCAAAAGAGGUGCGAAAAAAUAUUUACUCCAGAAAUACAGAAAAGCUGAGAAACUGUUAUAAAAUAUGCUUGUAAAGCAUGAAACGAAAUUGAUACAUUGAUUCACGAACAAAAAGGUUUCAGAAUUCAUAAAAUCACAAUUCCUGCGAGGCACGUCAACAUUGUGUACAUUUAGUAAGAAAUUCCAUUCUUAGUCCUGACGUAAGUUGAAAUUAUUAGUUUUAAAUCACGAAUAAUUUAUUUUUAAUUAUUAGACGUAGUGAAAUAAAGUGAAUAGAGGCAUCAUUGUGCGGUGUAUACUUCUGGACCCUCAUGAUUGUGUCAUUUAAUAUUAAAAACAAAUAUAUUUCCAAUAAAAUGUUUAGCUGUUCCCGGCUACGCAAGGGUAUUUUGAAAUAAAUCAUUUGUAAUUGUUUCAAAAUAUAACCGCUUUCAAAUUUAUAUAACAGCGGUUGAUAACUUAUGAUUUCUUUCAUUAGGGAAAUAAGUUAGAUAUAUUUUAAUGUUAAAGUAAACUUGUUUAAUAAGUUUAUCAGUGAUGUUUGAUUAUGUGCUGAAAUGAUUUGAUACAGGGUUUCUAGAACAUGCCAGCAAGAUACUACCGUAUACUUCGACGUAUAUUGUAUAUGGUGGGUGGUAGAGCUUGACAAUAUGUUAACAUAUCUUUAAAUUAAGUUUAUCAUUAUCAUUAAUUGUGAUGCAACGACGAAGGCAAUGCUAACCAAGGUUGCUACUAUUUGAGAAAUAUCGACAUGAAAACAUACGAAAACUACACUAAUGCUAACGCUACAACUUUAAUACCGUUGAAGAUAAACAUUAAAGUGAGUACUGACCUUGGUUAAGCGUUGCUUGUCCAUUGUGUGGUUGAAGUCGAGUAUUUAGUGUUGUGGCGAGGGUCCAGUAACGCCGGCGAUGCAAGUCGACUGCUACCAUUGGUCCCGCUGUCAGUGAUACACUGUAAAUUGUUCAACACAUUUUGCCACAUAGUGUAAAUAAGUUUCAAAACACUAACAGCUGGCGAUCAAUUUUUUUAUUUAUUAUUAAUGAGAAUGUCAAGAAUGUAUUUGAUAAAAGCCCAUACAUCCUGUUAACAGUUAAUAUUAUAUUAAGUAUUCACUUAGAAGUGGAAUUUAACACGCUGGCCAUUUCGCGGCCGGCGGGCAACACUGUAGAAAUUAAACAUUUUCGCCAACAUUGGGCAUAGAUGGUUAUUGGACGUUAGACCCUCUCCUUCUAGUUACUUUGUGUCUAAAAUAUUGUCAGGAUUUCAAGACACAGUCUCAUACUGGUAUAAACAUUGUCAAUUCAUAUUUUGCAUCCAAAAGGCAUGAGUACAUAAAAGUACGUGGUAAUAAAUAACAACGCGAUACAAGGUGGAGCUACAUUGUAUUUUUUUGGUUUGCGACACAACUCUGUAGCAUUUAAGACUCAUUGGAGUAUUAUCUCAAGCCGAAACGAGUACAUAAAGUAGCCGUGACACAGAGUUCAGUGAUUAAAAAAAGAAGGGCCCGUAGAACUGCAAUACCAAAACCGACGCACCUAGUUCGCACCCUGACAAUAUUUUGUCAACUCUACCAAUCAAAUCCUGUCUUUUAUUUGUCUGUAUGUAUAUAAUUUUGUCCAAUGAUUUGAUACUUCCUAUUCGGGCGUUCUGAUCUCUUGCGCGUCUACACGUCCAAGCCACUGGAUCUACGAUUGCUUACAAUUCCUAUUUCCAUUUCCCCCAUGGUAUGUCUGGAGCUUUUCCAAUUUUUAUACUUGAGUUAACAGUGCUACGCUGUAAGAAUGAUUUUUUUCGUAUGAGUUGUAAAUCGAAAAAUUGUA